CAUUUGACAUUCCAAAUGUCCCAACACUUAGAAAUAAGUGUUUGUCAACUGUUGCAGAAAAUUUCAGAAACUUUAAAAGCAAGUUGACAUCAAGGUACAUCUUUGGACACCUUAAACAUAAAACUCCAUGUAAUGCAUAUAAGUCCAUUGAUGAGGAGACUUGGCGGGUUUUUAAAGAGAGUCGGAUGUCAGAGGAAUGGCAGGCAAUUAGAAGCAAAGCACAAGGAACAAGUGCUAAGAACAAAAACCCCCACCUAUUAUCUCGUGGUGGGUAUAGGAAGCUUGAGGAGAAAAUCCUCAAGCAAAAGGCAGAUGCUAUACCACCAUCUCAGAGUGGUAGCCCUCCUCAGCCUCCUUCUCCACCGUCUAGACAUGAGAAAUGGAAGUUGGCCCGUAUGCGACCAUCGGGCACCUACUCUUCCGACACUGCACGAGAGAUUUCUGAAAAAAUUGACGCCUUGGUUGAGCAGAGCUCCCAAGGCCAAUUCACUCCAGAGGGUCGCCAGGAUAUUCUUGCUGCUGCAAUUGGACGACCUGAGCACCCUGGACGUGUACGUGCUGCAGGUCCUGGAGUAGGCAUUACGGAUUAUUUUGGGAGCUCUUCUCGUCAGCCUUCAUAUUCGUACAGCGAUACACAAAGGAUGACAGAAGAGAUCACAAAAAAGGUCCGACAUGACCUUAUGCAGGAGAUCAGGGCCGAGGUGAGGGCUGAAUUCCAGAUGCUCUACCAGGAGCAGUUUCAGAGCAUGCGCCCGAUGCAGUCUCCUAUAGAGGAACAUGUGGUCCCUCCCCCUCCCACAGGGAGAAGCGGCAAAGGAAGUUGUUCCGCAUCAGCCAUCCCAGAGGAUGACAUGGACGAUGGUAGUCCAUGUCUGCUAUACAUUUUAGAAGAAGAUGAGAUGGUGCUGGUAGCUCGUGGAACAGAGUUUAGGUCAGCGACUGUAUGUCAUGGUAUGCAACUAUUAGAGGAUGAGGUGAAGGUAUCAGUGGAUGAAAUGAUCAUGCCAGAUGCCUCGGUUCCACUGUCCACGGAAGAGAUUUUCACUGUGGAACAAGCAUAUAAGUCGUUUAUCACUUGGCCUAAAUUUUUGGUUAAACCAGUUUCUGACCCCUCGGUAUGAAAUUCUUCUUUACAC